AGUUCACCGUUGUAGUACUCAGUCUGUCCCACUGAGCUGUCAAUACACGGCAACCCUCCACACUGCCCGUCUGCCGCGACAACAUUUUUCUAGUCAACUCAGCCCGUUUUCCUCUUCAGCGACGUUUUUCUUCAGAUAACAGCUACUUUCUCCUCACUAUGACUCGAAGGUGAUCUUCAGCGUGUCCAGGUGGUUCUGGGGUUCCAGGUUAGUGUGGUUAGAGAGCAAGCUAACUGUGGGGAGAAGGACCGCCUGGGGCAUUUUGUCCCUGGCUCUCAAGUGACUAAGGAAGGGGCUUGGCAAACUGUUCUGCAACAUGGAGAAGGAAGACCUGAAGAUUCUCAACAAGGGGGAAGAGGAGGAGAUGGAGCUGCAGGGCUACCGUCUGUGUCGUUGGCGCCUGGCCCUGGUGGGCCUUGGGGUACUGUGUACAGGGGGCUUCCUCCUCCUGUUGCUGUAUUGGAUGCCAGAAUGGUGCGUCAAGUCCACCUGCACUCGUACCACAGCCCGUGAUGCCAAAGUGGUGUUGAUGCGCUCCACGGAUGAGUUCCGGCGCUGGUUCCUGGCCAGGGUGCGAGUGAUGCUUGCCCCAGGGAGCAACCCCUUCCACAGCCUGGAUACCCAGACCACCUCCCCUUCCUCCUUCUCCUGCCCCUUCUCCUCCCCUGCUUCCCCACCUCAGGCCAACGGACACACUCCUCACCCCUCCGAUGGCAGCCCUGCUCAGGAGCUCAUCAGAAAAUUUGCAGACUACCAGCCCGUCCAAAUUCGCUACUUUACCUUUCAUAGCACAAAGUAUUAUUGGAAUGACGAGAAGCAGAAUUUCGAGGUUUUAAACGGCCUGGAGGAUCUACAGAUCAGCUGCUCCACCCUCCACUCGGAGCACAGCACAGGCCUGACUAGGAACCAGCAGGAGUACAGGAGACUGUUCUUCGGAGUGAAUGAGAUUGCAGUGAAAGUGCCUUCUGUUUUCAAGCUGCUUAUCAAAGAGGUCCUCAACCCUUUCUACAUCUUCCAGCUCUUCAGUGUGAUCCUGUGGAGUGCCGAUGAGUAUUAUUACUAUGCUGUGGCCAUUGUUUUAAUGUCGGUCAUAUCCAUAGCUACCUCUCUGUACACCAUCAAAAAGCAAUACGUCAUGCUUCAUGACAUGGUGGCAGCUCACAGUAUUGUUCGUGUGUCUGUAUGCCGAGCCAAUAAUGAUAUUGAAGAAAUUUUGUCGACUGAUCUGGUGCCCGGUGACGUGAUGGUCAUCCCCAGCAAUGGGACCAUCAUGCCAUGUGAUGCCGUGCUGGUCAGUGGCACCUGUAUCGUCAAUGAAAGCAUGCUUACAGGUGAGAGUGUUCCUGUGACAAAGACCAACCUCCCAAACCCAACAGCAGGGGAGAGGGAGGAGGAGGCUGAUAGUGCCUACAACACAGAAGGGCAUAAGAGACACACGCUCUUCUGUGGCACCAAUGUCAUCCAGACCCGUUUCUACACAGGCGAACUGGUCAAGGCUGUGGUGGUCCGCACAGGUUUCAGCACAGCUAAAGGCCAGCUGGUGCGCUCCAUCCUUUACCCCAAACCCACCGACUUCAAGCUGUACCGCGAUGCCUACCUCUUUCUGUUGUGUCUGGUGGCUGUGGCUGGAAUUGGCUUUGUCUACUCCAUCGUACUCAGUAUCAUGAACAAGGUGCCAGCUAAAACCAUCAUCAUUGAGUCCUUGGACAUCAUCACUAUAACCGUACCACCAGCGCUGCCAGCCGCCAUGACAGCUGGCAUUGUGUAUGCCCAGCGACGCUUAAAAAAUAGUGGCAUUUUCUGCAUCAGCCCACAGAGAAUUAAUAUCUGUGGACAGAUCAACCUGGUGUGCUUUGACAAAACUGGAACUCUGACAGAAGAUGGCUUAGACCUGUGGGGAGUCCAAAGAGUUGAGAAUGGCAGCUUCCACCUGUCAGAGAAAAAUGCCUACAAGGAAAAUCUUGUCAAGUCCCAGUUUGUGGCUUGCAUGGCCACAUGCCACUCACUCACCAAAAUAGAAGGCCAGCUGUCAGGAGACCCGCUGGACCUCAAAAUGUUUGAGGCUACAGGCUGGAUCCUGGAGGAGGCUACUGAGGAGGAAACGUCUCUCCAUAAUCGUAUCAUGCCCACUGUAGUUCGACCGCCAAAGCAGCUUUUGCCCCCGGAGCCUGCUGUAACACCAGAGCAGGACAUGGAACUCUAUGAGCUAUCGGCAGCAUAUGAGAUUGGUAUUGUGCGCCAGUUUCCUUUUUCUUCAGCACUCCAGAGAAUGAGUGUAGUAGCUCGUCUGCUGGGGGAGAAACGUAUGGAUGCCUACAUGAAGGGUGCGCCAGAGGUUGUAGCUAGUCUCUGCAAGAAAGAGACAGUGCCGGAAAACUUUGCAGAGGUUUUGGAAGGCUACACAAAGCAGGGUUUCAGAGUCAUUGCUCUGGCUCAUCGACGGCUCGAAUCAAAACUCACCUGGCACAAGGUCCAGAACAUUAACAGGGAUCACAUAGAAGCAAACAUGGAGUUCCUGGGUCUUAUCAUCAUGCAGAACAAGCUGAAGCCAGAAACUCCAGGAGUACUGCAGGACCUUCAUCAAGCCAAUAUUCGCACAGUCAUGGUUACUGGUGACAACAUGCUGACAGCUAUCUCUGUGGCCCGGGACUGUGGAAUGAUCCCUCCCCAGGACACAGUCAUCAUUGCCGAUGCUCUCCCUCCACAUGAUGGACAAGCCGCCAAGAUCACCUGGAGAUACGCUGACAAACCUUACAAAGCAUCGCGACUUGAGGAAGUGAACAUAAGCCUAGAAGAUGUUUGUCACAUAGAUGAGCCUAAAACACAAGAGCUGUACCACUUUGCAAUGAAUGGCAAAUCAUUUGCUGUCAUUUCUGAGCAUUUCCCUGAUAUGCUUCAAAAGCUUGUGUUGCACGGCACAGUGUUUGCCAGAAUGGCGCCUGACCAGAAAACCCAGCUUAUUGAGGCACUGCAGGGUGUUGACUACUAUGUUGGAAUGUGUGGAGAUGGAGCGAAUGACUGUGGGGCUUUGAAGAGGGCUCAUGGUGGGAUCUCUCUGUCAGAACUUGAAGCCUCAGUAGCAUCUCCCUUCACCUCAAGGACCCCCAACAUUUCCUGUGUCCCUAGCCUCAUCAGAGAGGGACGUGCCGCUCUUAUCACCUCCUUCUGUGUGUUUAAGUUUAUGGCCCUCUACAGCAUCAUCCAGUACAUCAGCGUCACUCUCCUCUACUCCGUCCUCAGUAACCUAGGCGAUUUCCAGUUCCUCUUCAUCGACAUUGCUAUCAUCCUCCUCAUUGUCUUUACCAUGAGUCUGAACCCAGCUUGGAAAGAUCUUGUCUCUCGUCGUCCUCCAUCAGGUCUUAUCUCAGGGCCUCUGCUGUUCUCUGUGCUGACCCAGAUCCUCAUCUGCUUGGGCUUCCAGAUUUUGACAUUCCUUUGGGUCAAACAGCAGCCCUGGUACACAGUUUGGACACCACUUACCGAUGUCUGCAACCUCACGUCGCACAUUGAAACAAGCUUUGAAAACCACACAGAAGAGGACGACCACAACAUCCAAAACUAUGAGAACACCAGCCUCUUCUAUGUGUCCUCUUUCCAGUAUCUCGUUGUUGCUAUUGUUUUCUCCAAGGGCAAACCUUUCAGGCAGCCUAGCUAUAAGAAUUGGCCUUUUGUGCUGUCUGCUGGGAGUUUAUAUGUUUUCCUGCUGCUCAUCUUGUUCUACCACAUAGAAAACAUUAAUGAGAUUCUGGAGAUUGUUUGCAUCCCCUUUGAAUGGAGGGUAAAACUUUUCCUCAUCAUCCUAGUCAAUGCUGCUGUGUCUGUUUUGGUGGAGACCUUCAUCCUUGACAUCGUCUUACGGAAGCUUGUGUUCAGCCGAGACAAACAGGGCAACUUUGGCGUCACCCCUGCUACCCCGCCACCACAGGGAGUCAGUGACCUGCGAAGGUGCAAGUGGCUGUCCUGCCUGUGUUGCCUCCACAAGAUAACACCCAAAGCUCGCUACAUGCAUCUGGCCCAGGAGCUCAGUGUGGACCCCGACUGGCCUCCAAAGCCUACCACUACCACUGAAGCCAAACCACGCCCAGAAAAUGGCUCCACCUAUCAAAUCAUAAUCAACUCCUAGCACCCCACAGCCCGUACUAGUAUCCAGUUUCUGUUGUUCAUACAGGAAACAUGAAUAUGAGGUGUUUAGCAAAUGCACAUUGAACUUAUUUCGGUGGAACUGUCACAGGAUCACUGCUUGCCUUCACUGUUCUUGCUCCAAUGCUGUAGUUCCAGAUACUGUAUUACUGCACACACACAAAAAAAAAGUAUCCUAUGACACACAUCUACCAAAUGCAGUGGCGGUCCUAGCCUGUUUGGCGCCCUGGGCGAGCAUCCCUGCCGGCGCCCUCCCACCCCCACC